GAGAGAAAACAGGGAAGAAGAAACCCAAGCAUGAUGUGUGCAGGAGAGAACUCAGGCAUUUUAGUGCUGCCUGAACCUGUCAGGUAGUACAGGGGGUGGUGGGAGGUCAGCCAGCCCAUCACACAGGAUCUUUAAUUCAUUCUCAUAUGGAACAAAGGUUAGUUUAUGAAGAAAUGAUGUAAUCAGAUUUGCCUUUAAGAUGCCUCACCUGAGGACUGUGGGGAAAAGCGUGGAAAGAACAAGAAAUAAGAUACAUGAUCACAAUGGAGGGAUAUGUGAAAGGGGAGCUCCAGGUCACCAUCACACAAUGAAGACUUCCAGGCGCUUAGACUCAAAACAUCUAGACAGUUCAGAAGUUGAGAGUAUCUUUCAGAGACCGGGUGAAAUGAGAGGACCCAGCUUCUCUGGAAUCUUCCCACCUGUCCAAGGGUCUAAGCACCUCUGGAAGUGAGGUUAACAGGGUAGAACCUGAAGACCUUUUGCAGCAACAGUGGAGAGGGGCAAACCAACACCCCAGGAACAUGAGCCUCAAAUCCCCAAUGUCUGCUGUCCCAUUUGAGAGCAAAGGAAGCCAUAUUAUGGCUAGAAAUGGAGGCUGUUUUCUAGUCCGGCACACCCCUCAUCCCAGGAGAGUCUGCCACAUAAAAGGUUUGAAUAACAUUCCCAUCUGUACUGUGAAUGAUGAUGAGAAUGCACUGGGAACAUUGUGGGGUGUUGGCCAGUUCAACCACUUAGAGAAGGAUGAGACACCAUUUGCCAAAUGCAGUUACCCACCCAGCACUGCAGCCCUGGAGAGCCCUGCCAGAGGAGUCUCACCAGCCCCAAACAAUGUCAAGGUGCCCCCACGGCCUCAUUCUGAGCCCUGUAGAAAAAUCAAGGAGUGCUUCAAAACUUCCAGUGAGAAUCCCUUAGCAAUUAAAAAGGAAGAAAUUAAGAUAAGAAAGCCACCAUCACCUCCCAAAGCAUGCUCUACUGCUGGCUCUUGUUCUUCAGAGGUGACAAGUACCAAGACUGACAUCAAAGACAACACUGUUUGCAUACCAAACUAUCUGGAUCAGGAAAUCAAAAUUCUGGCAAAGCUCUGUAACAUUUUACGGACGGAUUCCCUGGCAGAAGUUCUCCAGUGGCUGCUACAUGCAAGCUCAAAAGAAAAAGAGUGGAUCUCAGCUUUGAUUCAUGCUGAACUGGCUGAAAUAAACUUGUUGGCUCAACAAAGAAGCAUCUCAGCAGAACUAGCAGCAGAGACUAAGAAGCCACCCAAAGUUAAAUCUCCCCCACAUUCACCUGCAAAAUUGAAAGUGCUGACCAAAUCGAGGGAAGGACAUCAGCCAACCAGAGUGUCAAGUCAAGGAUCUGAAGGAAAUAAGGAAGUACCAAAAG